AUGUCGGAAUUUGACAAAGAGCUCAAAGAUGUUAAUGAGUCCGUCGUCGAGAAGGGACUCACGACUGUGACACAAUCGGACGAAAAGCUGGAAGCCGGGAGCGGAGACUCCAACCAGGGUAGCAUCAAGGAAACACAAGUGAAGAGAGGUCUUAAGCCCAGACACAUUUCUAUGAUCGCGAUGGGUGGUACGAUCGGUACAGGUCUAUUUAUUUCGAUCUCAACGCCUUUGGUCAACGCAGGCCCCGUCGGGUCGCUCAUUGCGUACAUUUUCAUGGGUUCGCUUGCGUACAUGGUCACGCAGUCGCUCGGUGAGAUGGCGACUUUCAUUCCCGUGACCUCGUCCUUCAUGGUCUUCAACCAGAGGUUUCUGUCACCCGCGCUCGGAGCAGCCAGCGGGUACGCUUAUUUUUUGACGUGGGUCAUCACGCUGGCCCUUGAGCUGACGACCAUUGGCCAGGUAAUCCAGUUCUGGACGUCUGCUGUGCCCGAUGCUGCGUGGAUUGCGAUUUUUUGGGUUGUUUUGACUGCGGCCAAUUUUGUGCCGGUCAAGUUUUAUGGUGAAGUCGAAUUUUGGGUUGCAUGCAUCAAAGUCAUCGCUAUCCUAGGUUUCAUCAUCUAUGCGUUGUGUAUGGUGUGCGGCGCGGGCGUCACGGGUCCAGUGGGGUUCAGAUACUGGAGAAAUCCAGGACCUUGGGGUGACGGUAUAAUUUCUAAUAAGAAAGCAGAAGGUAGAUUUCUGGGUUGGGUCUCUUCCUUAAUUAGUGCUGCUUUCACGUACCAGGGAACCGAGUUGGUCGGUAUUACCGCAGGUGAAGCAGCUAACCCCAGAAAAACAGUGCCCAAAGCCAUCAACAAGGUUUUUUUCAGAAUCUUAUUUUUCUACAUUCUGUCGCUCUUCUUCAUUGGUCUCCUCGUGCCCUUCAAUGAUCCUAAGCUUUCGUCCGGUGGCUCUUACAUUUCGAGCUCACCAUUUUUAAUUGCGAUUGAGAACUCCGGAACUAAAGUUUUGCCCCAUAUCUUCAACGCCGUCAUUCUCACGACGCUAAUUUCUGCCGGAAACUCAGACAUCUACGUUGCCUCGAGAAUCUUGUACAGUAUGGCCUGCAACGGUCUUGCUCCUCCUAUCUUUAAGUGGACCACGAAAUCUGGUAUUCCUUACUUUUCAGUUUUAAUUUCAACGUUAUUUGGGUUCUUGGCUUAUUUGAACCAAUCCGAAGGUGCAGCUGUUGUCUUCAACUGGCUCUUGAACAUUACUGCUGUUGCUGGAUUCUUUGCCUGGCUGCUGAUUUCGAUCGCUCACAUUCGGUUCAUGCAAGCGUUGAAAUUCCAAGGAAUAUCGCGCGACGAUUUACCUUUCAAGGCCAAAUUUAUGCCUUGGGGAGCCUAUUACGCCGCUUUUUUCGUUGGUUUAAUUAUCCUCAUCCAAGGAUUUACUGCUUUCUGUCCUUUUAAUGUUAAGGAUUUCUUCGCUGCCUAUAUCUCUGUCUUCCUAUUCUUUUUCUUCUGGGCCGUCUUCCAGCUGUGGAAAAGAGAGUGCUUCUUCUGGAAGGUACAUGAGAUUGACUUAGAUACCGACAGGCGCGAUAUUGAGAAUGUUAUCUGGGUAGAGGAGCAACCAAAGGGCUUGUGGGAGAAAUUCUGGGUGGCAGCGGCUUGA